GGGGAAGCCCCUGUGAGAAAAUACUGAAGCGGAAUGUUUUAUACUUCCUUCACUAACUCACCUGCAUGCAUGUCUCAUUUAUGUGGAGAUUUCAAAGAAAUGUCUGCAGCUGUCGGAAUGUCCACAGAAGGAGGGUUUGGUGGUGCUGGCAGCAGCGACGCCCAGCAGAGCCUGCAGUCCUUCUGGCCUCGCGUCAUGGAAGAAAUCCGGAAUUUAACAGUGAAAGAUUUCCGAGUACAGGAACUCCCACUGGCUCGUAUUAAGAAGAUUAUGAAACUGGAUGAAGAUGUGAAGGCCUUGCCCCAUAGCCCAUUGGCAGGACAUGAGAUAAGGGACAAACGGACUGGUUUGAAUGACUUGCUGGUGAUUGACAGGGAGGGCCUACGUCUGUUGCAGAUGAUCAGUGCUGAAGCCCCUGUGUUGUUUGCCAAGGCAGCCCAGAUUUUUAUCACAGAGUUGACUCUUCGAGCCUGGAUCCACACAGAGGAUAACAAGCGCCGGACUCUUCAGAGAAAUGAUAUCGCCAUGGCGAUUACAAAAUUUGAUCAGUUUGACUUUCUCAUCGAUAUUGUUCCAAGAGAUGAGCUGAAACCACCGAAGCGUCAGGAGGAGGUGCGCCAGUCUGUGACUCCUGCCGAGCCCGUCCAGUACUACUUCACGCUGGCUCAGCAGCCUACUGCUGUUCAAGUCCAGGGGCAGCAGCAAGGCCAGCAGACCACCAGCUCCACGACCACCAUCCAGCCUGGGCAGAUCAUCAUCGCACAGCCUCAGCAGGGCCAGACCACACCUGUAACCAUGCAAGUUGGAGAAGGUCAGCAGGUGCAAAUUGUCCAGGCCCAGCCACAAGGCCAAGCCCAGCAGGCCCAGAGCGGCGCUGGGCAGACCAUGCAGGUGAUGCAGCAGAUCAUCACGAACACGGGAGAGAUCCAGCAGAUCCCGGUGCAGCUGAAUGCCGGCCAGCUGCAGUAUAUCCGCUUAGCCCAGCCUGUAUCAGGCACCCAAGUCGUACAAGGACAGAUCCAGACGCUUGCCACCAAUGCUCAACAGAUCACUCAGACAGAGGUCCAGCAAGGACAACAGCAGUUCAGCCAGUUCACGGAUGGACAGCUCUACCAGAUCCAGCAAGUCACCAUGCCUGCUGGCCAGGACCUCGCCCAGCCCAUGUUCAUCCAGUCAGCCAACCAGCCCUCCGACGGGCAGGCCCCCCAGGUGACCGGUGACUGAGGGCCUGAGCUGGCAAGGCCAAGGACACCCAACACAAUUUUUGCCAUACAGCCCCAGGUGAUGGGCACCACCUCCCUCCCCAGAGGACCCCGCUGACCUCCGUGCCUCCUGCAGGCUAGGACACUGGUGCACAACGCCCUGAGCCUGGGGGCCGAGAUUCUCCAACAGAAAGAUGCAAUAUUUUUUAUUUCCUUUUUUCUCAUUUUUAUUUUCUCCAAGGAAUCAAUAUUUCAAUAUGUUGAGCUGUGUGUCCAAUGCUAUGAAAUGAAAAUAUUAAAUAACAUAUUUAUGGCAUUUUCUCAAAGAAUGUGGUUAAGAAAUAUUUCUUUUGUUUUACUUUUUUGGGUUCUUACCGCCACUUCUUUUAGGAGCAGAUUUCCCCAGGGGUGUGUGUAUCUCCUGCCUCUCAGAACAGCCGCUGCCCCAGGAUUCGCCACCGUGUUCUGCCCUCAGGUGAAAUUAGGUGACGUGUGUAGCUUCCUUUCCACUAGUGCUCUUCUCCCUGGGCCCUGCUCCUGCCCCAGAGCUCUGUGGAUUUUCCUCCAGAGGCCGUGGGAACAUUCCUUGCAUUUAUAAGACUCAUUUGCCAUGGAGAGUGGAUGGUUUCAUUCCCAAACCCUUCUUUUCCAGGGACCCAAGGAGACUAGAACUUUGUGCAUACCCCUCCACCCCCCGUUUUCAACUUUAUUUUAUUUUUAAAUGCAUUAAAAAUUGUGCUAGUCUCCUUUGCUGC